AUUGAAUAAAAAUGUAUAACCUUUAUCGACAGCCGACAAGCCCAGCAUCCUCUCCAAUGACUGCAGACCAGAAGACCCGAAUAAUGCUGAAGGAGAAAAGAAAGAAGAAUCAAACUAUGCGAAUGGCCAUGAGGGCUAAUCAACGGAGAGAGGAAUGGACAAUGGAUGCUGCCCAUAGUGUGAAUUUUAACAACAAGUUCUUCAAAGGAGCGAUUCCUCUGAAAUAACCCUGCACAUCAUACCUUUAGGGAUACUGACCUAAAUAGCGGAUUCAAUCCCUCUAAAAACCGUUCAGCAAUGUUCUCAGAUAUAAAAAGCCUCAACAAUGGUGUAUAUUCACAGCCAGGGACGGAAGGACCAAGGAUUCGGGAGAGACUCAAAGAGAUGCAUAAGGGUCAGAUGAAGUUCAGAGUGUCUGGGAACAAAACAAACCUCUUUGAGCUCACUCCUCUUGAUACUAAACUACUCAAUAAUCCUAAGUGGAGACCCUUUUCUCCAGAAAAAUGGAAAAGUGACAAAGACUUUAUGCACUCAACUAAUUAUUCGGGUAGUAGGAGAUAUAAGGAUUUGAGGAAAUCUAAGAAAGCCCUUUCAAUACGACCAGAACCCUAUGUUGAUGGACUUGAAGCACUGGGAGAUAUCGAGAUCGUAAGGAAAUCACCUGCAAAUAAAACUGCUAUGGAGAACUUUCAGACUGUCUUCGCAAGAGAUCCUUGGCAGCACAGAAUUAAGAAUACACAAUCCAUUCGGGCUCAGAAGGCACUAGAGACUAUCCUUAACAGGCAGCCUAACCACAUGGAGGUAGCUAUUAAGUCAAAUAGUGAGGCUCCUUCAAGAAUGAUUAACAAAGAUCUGGAGGUAAAGACAUAUGAAUACAAAGUGUUUACAACAUAUGAUAAUAAGAAUGAGCCCAAGGUGAACAAUUCAACUUCUUCAGCUAAUAAUGCAAAAGGAUUGGCCUUAAUGAAGAAGUCGCCACAGACACAUAUGAAGCUGAAGACCCACAAAAGGUAUAAGACUGCAUUCAACUCCACUUCAAGAAAAGGUGUAGAACCUUAUGAAAGCUUGCAUAGUUCAGGAUAUUAUGUAUCCGCUUUAGAGAGGUUGAAAUAAGAAGAAAUUUGUGGCAAAGAAGAACUCUGUAAUCGAGAGCGAGCUACCUCCUGAACCUCCUCUGGGCACUGGAAAAUACGCUACUCUAAACUUCCAUGAUGUUAGAAACUAUCGGAAUAUUCAAAGAAGUGAGUUUUCUUCAGGUCCAGUACAGAGUAAGCAUAAUAGCACUGCUGUCCUUGAGACUGAAUCUGUGAACGAGUCGAAGAAUACUCCAAAAGCACACAAAGGGGAGGCUCAUAAAGUUCGAAACCCCGACCCAAUCGAAGGAAAGCGACUUGAAUUCUCUGAUUUUGACAUAAAAUCCCCUCCUCCACCAGACCAUUGUCCUCCUUUAGUCCUUGGGAAAUCCAAGAAAUCUUUACUAGAGAAUGCCAAUUUGUCUAAAAAGUAUGACCUGCCUGACUUUUUGACUACGGGAAAGAAAGGAGCAGAUAUUCUGAAGGGCUUGAUCAGUAAUUACUUUGAUAAAUAACUCUCAAUAAA